UCUUCAAUAGUUCAAUUGACUCAAAGAAGAAAGGGAAAUAGCUUGAAUUUUGAGGAAUCGGAAAUUGCAAUCCGGCCAAUCCCUUUUAUAGGCCAAGACUGUUACGGCAAGGGUUUCGAUUUGAGUUUCAAUGACGACAACAGAAGGCUUCCAUCGCACUGCCUAAGCAUCUCGAUUUUUGUUAAUCCUUCGGUUCCUCUUACGCUCCACCUCAGUAAGCCGAUACGGUGUCCAUUUCCGAAACCCUUCAAUUUUGUGGGGGCUAAUACUUUUCCUUUCUUUUACAUCGCUUCAAAGCUAGCGGCUACUCCCAUCUUUAUGAUUUCCUUCUUCAAUGGGCACUCUUCUCUAUCCACCAUCCUUCCGGGUGCCCUUGAUGGAUCGCACAAGGAUUCCAGUUGAAAUUUGGUGAUUUUUGGGAGAUGGGUUUUGUUUGAUUUCGUUGAUAAAAGUGAAAAUUUAUUGUGGCAGAUUUCGACUUGGUUCGUUGAUGAUUAGGUUCCAGAUGGUUGCGGAUUGGAAUGUAUAAACACUAUGCUACUGCAUUUUGAUUUCAACAAUGAAGAUGGAUUAUGUAUGACCAAUCUUCUCAAUUCCAAAUUUCAGUUAUAGUUCGACACUCGCUGCUUACUACCUUUUUAGCUUUGGUUUGCUAUUUCAGUUUUGCAUUGCUCUCAACGAAAUGCAAACUCAACAGCUUGAAAGUAGCAGCUUGAUUCAUUCUGGGUGAUCUAGAGAGGCAGAGGUAAAUAAGAAGGAUCAUGUCUAUCACUUGACACAGAAGACUCUGAUUCGCUUCAUAUUGGAGGGGCCGGAUCAUCGAAUGGAAAACACAAUGUUCGUGACAUUACUCUCAAUGAUAUGCAGACUCGACAACUUGAAUUUAUUAGCAGCUUGAUUCAUUCUGAGGGUGAUCUACAGAGGGAGGUAACAAUGAUCAUGUCACUUAAAAUUCUAAUUUCUU